CCAUCAAAGCCACGCUUGUACAGGCCCACACUUCCUUUAGCCCGCCGCUCCUUCCUAUCUCCAAUCUAUUAUCUGCUUCUGCAUUUUCUCUUUGAUCUUUUUUCUCUUUUAUUUCCAUAAUAAAUUUAAUCAUUUCCUUUCCAAAAAUUCUUCUUGUUCAGCUCAUAAACUGUCUCUGUUUCUGACACCAAACCUCUCUUUGAACCCAAGUUUUUCCCCAUUUUUUAACUAGUAGGUGAUACUUAAGAGUAGUUUCCAUUAAAGGGGUUGUUACAGAUUUAGAUUCUUGGAUUCACUCUUAAGUUUCAUUCUGUUUUCUUUAGUGUUUUUUUCUCUUUUCUCCCUCACUUCUAAAAAAAGACAACUUUAUCUUUAUUUUUCCAGCUUUUCUUUGUUUGUUUUCAUCUCUUAUUAAAUCCACCGUCUUGAGUCUUUUCUUAUUUUUUCUUUCCAUUUCUUGAUAACCCCAUUUCUUUAAAAUUUGGACUUUUUGCAUUUUGGGUCUUUCUAUUUUGGUUGAUUCUUGAAGUUCUUGGAAGCUAUUGCUUCUGAUGGGUUCUUUCAGUUAUGGUUUUGUGUAAAAAUUAGUGUGUUCCUGAGUGUUGAGAGAAUUAUUGGAAGAAAGAUGAGAACUUUUGCUUUCUUAUCAGUUUUAACAGUGUUCUUGAGUGUUGAGAGAAUUAUGAUCUGUGAUGCUUUUCCAUCACAUGAAGUUUAUGCUCUCAAUACAUUCAAGGAAGCUAUAUAUGAAGACCCUCUUCUGGUUUUGUCAAAUUGGAAUGCCUUAGAUUCAGAUCCUUGUGAUUGGGCUGGAAUCUUUUGUUCUAUGGCUCAAGAUCAUGUCAUAAAAAUUAACAUUUCUGGUGCUUCAUUGAAGGGUUUUCUUUCACCCAACUUGCAUCAGCUCGCUUCUUUGCAAGAACUAAUUUUGCAUGGAAAUGUACUGAUUGGUACAAUACCUAAGGAGAUUGGCUUGUUGAAAAACCUAAAGGUCUUGGAUUUGGGUGCUAACCAGCUAACAGGACCAAUUCCUCGUGAGCUUGGCAAUCUGACAAACCUUAUGAAAAUAAACCUACAAUCCAAUGGAUUAACAGGAAAAUUGCCUGCUGAGCUUGGUAAUUUGAAAUACCUUGAGGAACUUCGGCUGGACAGGAACAAACUUCAAGGAACAGUGCCCGCUAAUAAUGGAUCAGAUUUUACAUCCGGUGUACAUGGAAUGUAUGCUUCUGGUGCCAGCCCUACUGGAUUUUGUCGUUCAUCCCAACUUAAAGUUGCUGAUUUCUCAUUCAACUUUCUCAUCGGAAGCAUACCAAAGUGCUUGGGUUACCUUCCAAAAUCUAGCUUUCAAGGAAAUUGCCUUCAGCAUAAAGAUCCAAAGCAGCGCUCUGCUUCUCUAUGUGGUGGCACUCCACCUCCCACUAGCCAUGCGUCAACAGUCAAUACUAAGCACCCUUCUGUUGAAGGACCGAGACAUCAGGCUUCUUCUUCCAAGCCCACCUGGCUUUUGGCUUUAGAAGUGGUAACGGGAGUUAUGGUUGGUUCUCUCUUCAUCGUGGCUCUUGUGACUGGCCUUCACAAGUGUAAGAACAAAUCCUCUAUCAUACCUUGGAAAAAAUCAGGAAGCGGGAAAGAUAAUAUGACCAUUUACGUAGAUACUAGUAUGCUGAAAGAUGUCGUAAGAUACAGCAGACAAGAACUUGAGGUAGCUUGUGAGGAUUUCAGCAACAUCAUUGGAUCCUCGCCAGACAGCUUAGUUUACAAAGGAACCAUGAAAGGUGGACCCGAGAUAGCUGUAAUAUCGCUUUGUGUCAAAGAAGAGCAUUGGACAGCCUAUCUAGAGCUUUAUUUUCAGAAAGAGGUGGCAGAAUUGGCCAGAAUAAAUCACGAGAACACUGGGAAACUUCUAGGCUAUUGCAGAGAGAGUAGUCCUUUCACGAGGAUGUUGGUGUUUGAGUAUGCAUCCAAUGGGACAUUAUACGAACACCUUCACUACGGAGAAGGAUGCAACCUAUCUUGGACACGCCGGAUGAAAAUAGUUAUUGGUAUCGCUAAGGGACUGACAUAUCUACAUUCAGAACUUGACCCUCCAUUUACUAUAUCAGAACUGAACUCAAAUUCUAUAUAUCUCACAGAAGAUUUUUCUCCAAAGCUUGUUGAUUUUGAAAGUUGGAAGUCAAUAAUUUCAAGAUCAGAAAAGAACUCGGGUGCUAUCAGUAGUGAAGGAGCAAUAUGUGUCCUUCCAAAUACUCUAGAGGGCCGUCAUCUCGACGUCCAGGGUAAUACUUAUGCAUUUGGAGUACUGCUACUGGAAAUAAUCAGUGGGAGACCUCCAUAUUGCAAAGACAAAGGGUGCUUAGUAGAUUGGGCUAAGGAAUUUCUUGAAGUACCAGAGGUAUUAUCCUAUGUUGUAGAUCCCGAGUUGAAACAUUUCAAACAAGAAGACCUCAAAGUGAUUUGUGAGGUGAUUAACCUUUGUAUCCACCCGAGUUCGAGCAGGAGGACUUCCAUGAAGGACUUGUGUGCUAUGUUAGAGAGCAACAUUGACACUUCAAUCACUGCAGAGCUCAAGGCAUCUUCUUUGGCGUGGGCCGAGCUUGCACUUUCAUCCUAACUGACAGAAGGUUAACAGUAUAUAUAUCACGAAAUAUGUAAUCAUCUAGCACUUCCCCUUAUUCUCCUUUUUUUCUACCCUUUUAUUUUUGAUCUCUCGAUCUCGUUCCCAAUCUUCUGGUGUUGUGGUUGAGUUCAUGUAAAUUUUGAGUCUCUAGGAAAAGUAGAGUUGAAGAGAUGCUACUGUUGAUUCUUUGUAAACAACUGGUUCUUUACUAAAAUGAUGAGUGUUGAUAGUAAAUGAAAGGCAUGUUGGCUAGAUUCAAAGUGUUA